CUAAAUUAUUUCAGAAAGAAGGCGGCAUUACAGCGCUCGAUACAUGUUCGAUAGGCUUAAUUUGCCUUAGUUGUAGGGAAAGUGUGCUAUCGACUAUUUCAUCUUAUCGAACCGGUAGCGAUAAUAUAGCUAUAUUUAUCGUGAAAAUAGCUAAAUUGGCAACUCUGUACCUGUUUGUGUUUGGCAGCUGUAAAUCUUCUUAAAAUUAAAAAAAAAAAUAAACAACAAAGAGAUUCGGGUUUGAAAAGUGCAUUGUAUGGAUUUCGUUUAUUGUGGCAGCGCCGAUCAAAUCGGCGAUGCUGAGGAUAUUCUAAGUGUCUACGAGACAGAUCCUGCGCGCUCUGAACACUAUUCGCCUAGCUAUAAUGGCUUUAAUAUAGGCUCCGCCGAUGCCGACUAUGUUGCAAGCCCACUUCCAAUUCUUGCUGACGGUGGUGAAAAUUUUGGGGUUUCAACCGUGGCAUUUGAUGACUACGAAGAGCUGCUAUGGAUGGGAAACCAAGGCGGUCAUGUUACUUCAUACUACACCAGUUCGCUGCAGAAGUACACAUCGUUUCAAGUGCACGCCAGCGAUAUAGUGCGCCAAAUUAUCACAAUAGAUGCGGGCGUGCUAGUGCUAACGCAAACUUCUCUACGUCACCAAAUACGGCGUGGCUUGCCAAAGUUUACGCACAAAUCACCCAACAUGUUGGAAAUGGUGUGCAUGCUGCAGUUGGCACCACAUCGCUUGGUCAUGGCUGGCUUGCAGGAGGAAUUGGUUGAGCUGGACAUGAGCACGCUGAAGGAAACUACUCUGGAGCAUGUUGGCCCAGCCGGCAUAACAGUGCUGCGCAAAAACUCUCGUUUUCUCUUUGCAGGUGAUCAGUUUGGUACGGUGACAUUGCGCGAUGUCAACAACUUAAGUGUGGAGCAUACAAUUAAGACACAUACACAUAGUCUAUCGGACUUUGAUGUGCAAGGAAAUUAUCUAAUAUCAUGCGGCUAUAGCGGACGUCAAAAUAAUCUGGCCAUAGAUCGGUUUCUCAUGGUUUAUGAUCUGCGUAUGUUGCGUCCAAUAUCGCCCAUACAAGUACUUAUUGAUCCACAGAUGUUAAAGUUCUUGCCAUCGCUCACAUCACGCUUGGCGGUUGUAUCGAGCUAUGGCCAGUUUCAGCUGGUUGAUACGGUUGAGCUUAGUGAACCGCGCGUCUCCAUGUAUCAGAUCAACACAAAUGGCAGUCAGUGUCUAAGUUUCGACAUUAGCUCUUCUUCACAGGCAAUGGCGUUUGGUGACCAAUCUGGGCAUAUAAAUACCAUCACCUCCAUACAAACGCCGCAGCCACAAUUCAAUGCAUUCUCGCGUAAUACUGAAUUUGCUGUGGUGCCCCCAUUGCCUAUGGUGUCACUAACGGACACAAAUUUUCCAUUGUCAUCGGUUAUGCUGCCACAUCUGACAACAGGCACGCGCUGGUUUUCCGACUGGCCCGAGGAACUGCUACAUUACAGCUAUCAUCGCCCAAAGACAAUUGAUGUCGAUGUGCUUAGCAGUAUGAAAAUGCAAGGACCCAUUGGCUACUCGCCCAAUCCGCGAACAGCGCGUCGCAAUCAAAUUCCCUAUUGUCUAGUAGAGCAAGGACAAGGCGGCGUCUGCAAUGCAAAUGCAAAUGGCAGUGCGGCAACAGCCAAGGCAGAAAAUGGUGUCAAGAUUAUACCCAGGCGUUAUCGCAAAGUGGAGCUAAAAUAUACCAAUCGUGGCACACAAGAUUUUGACUUUGAGCAGCAUAAUCAAACUUGCUUUGCAGGUCUUGAAGCCACCUUGCCAAAUUCAUACUGCAAUGCCAUGCUACAGAUAUUGUACUUUACGGAGCCUUUGCGUGUUAAGCUUAUUGGUCACAGCUGCUCCAAGGAGUUUUGUUUGUCCUGCGAAUUGGGAUAUCUGUUUCAUAUGCUGGAUAAAUGCACUGCUUCUACGCCUUGUCAAGCGAGCAACUUUUUGCGCUCAUUUCGCACAGUGCCCGAGGCUUCAGCAUUGGGUCUAAUACUUUCGGAUCGUUCAUCUAAUGUUAAUUUGAUAACUCUAAUUCAGAACUGGAAUCGUUUUAUACUGCAUCAAAUGCAUUAUGAAAUACUGGAUUCGGGCAAGAACUCUCUAUUAAAUGCUGAAAGUAUGAACACUACAGAGAAUUCCACACACUCGUCCUUUUAUGAAUCCAUGGCUGAUGACAGCGCCAAAGAAGAAGAAAGAGAACGCUGCAAAAUCAAUGCGGAAACGGAAAUAAGUAAAAUCUUUGGCACCAAACAAAUCUGCAUAAAUCGUUGCAUUAAAUGCCAAGCAGAGAAAUCGAAGGAAAAUAUUUUGCUGGCAUGCAAUUUGACUUACCCCACGCAUAUCAAAGAUAGUGAGCAGUAUUUUGAUUUUGGCAGUAUAUUAAAGCGUUCGCUGAGCUCAGAAAAAAAUAUACAAGCAUUUUGCGAGAGCUGUAAGAAAUUCUCACCAACCAAUCAAAGCGUUAAGGUCACACAACUACCGCAAAUGUUGGCAAUUAAUUGCGGCCUAAAUAAUGAUAAAGACAUAAACUUCUUGAAGCAUCAACUGAAUCGUAGCACGGAUAGACCAACUGUGGAGACAGCAGCUUUAAGCACCAGCAAACCAUGUCGCUAUGGUAUGAACUGCUCACGCAGCGAUUGCCAUUUCAUGCAUCCCGAUCGUAAGUCUCCAUUGCAUACCACACAAGCGCCUGCUACUGCAAAUGCCACUAAUGUAAACAGUUCGCCAAGCGCGCGUCAGAAAUCCUGGUUCCCAUUGACCUUUGGCAUGGGCAUAAGCGAGCAGGGCGAGUUGCUUGUGCAAUCGCAUAUGGAAUGUGGCAAAGCCGAGCAGGAAGACGAUGACAAAUCGGAGGAGCAAGAAUCAAUGUCCGCAAGCCAAGAGAAACGCAUGUAUGCCUUGCAUGCCGUUGUUUGUCAAAUUGAUGAUGGCACACAAAAGAAUUUGGUCUCUUUGGUAAAUGUGCAGUCGAAAUAUCAUCUGAUGAAGACUGCGGAAACCCCUGACGAUGCACAACAUCAAUGGUAUAUUUUUAAUGACUUUAGCAUAUCACCUGUUGCGCCGCAAGAAUCAGUUUGGUUCACGCUGGACUGGAAGGUGCCGUGUGUGCUUUUCUAUCGCAGCCUCGAAGAUGACGCCGAUGCAAGUAUGUCAUCUGCCAAUGCCGAUGAAACUGAGACCACAAUAUCAAGCAUGGCAAGCGAGCCUGCCAAUACACCCAUUACUAAUCCAUUUAUGCAAGACAUACUGAAGCCGGCGACAAGCAACUUGGGCACUGAUGCCACAUUGAAAGCGCUGCAAGCGGAUGAGAUGCCACAAGCUGGUGAUUUAAUUGCCAUGGAUGCCGAAUUUGUUACUCUGAAUCCGGAAGAGAACGAAAUACGGCCGGAUGGCAAGACAGCAACUAUAAAACCCUGUCAUAUGAGUGUGGCACGCAUCUCCUGCAUUCGUGGCCAAGGACCUGACGAGGGCGUACCGUUUAUUGAUGACUAUAUAUCCACACAGGAGAAGGUUGUCGAUUAUCUAACACAAUUUUCCGGCAUUAAGCCUGGCGAUUUGGAUGCCAAUUUUAGCAAUAAGCGCUUAACAGCCCUGAAAUAUUCGUAUCAGAAACUGAAAUUUCUUGUUGAUAUUGGCGUCAUAUUUGUAGGACAUGGUUUAAAAAAUGAUUUCAGAGUUAUUAACAUACACGUACCGUCGGAGCAGAUAAUUGAUACAGUGCAUCUGUUUCAUAUGCCCCACCAUCGCAUGGUCUCACUUCGCUUUUUAGCUUGGCAUUUCUUGGGCACCAAAAUUCAAUCCGAAACACACGAUUCUAUAGAAGAUGCACGCACAACGCUGCAGUUAUACAAACAUUAUCUAAAGCUGCAAACUGAGAAUAAAUUUACAACGGCAUUGAAAAAUCUUUACGAACGCGGCAAGCAGCUGCAAUGGAAGGUCCCGGAAGAGUAAUCAAUCAACAAGUUAGAACACCGGAAGAAAGGAACGCAGUUUGUCAAAUUAUUGUGUGUAUUUUGAAAUUUAAUUCCAUUUACCUUGUAAGCUCUUUUAUUCGGGCUUGCAAUAUAUGUAU